CAGCUCAUUCCCUUGACGUUUCAUUAACCGAAACUCAUCAUUCUCUUCCUUCUUUUUCCCUAUGUCGAGCACAAUAAUUGUAACUUGCCCUGCCGGACGGAUGUUUGAUCCACUGGGGAAGAUUCCUUGGCCUGCUUGAUCCUGUCCCCUGACGUGCAUGCAACAUCGCAGAGUCUCCAAGCCAGUGCCAGAGUCCUCUAGGAAUUAAUGGAAGCAAUUCCUAACGAGUUCCGGGAAUCUCUGCAAGGGAACAUUCGUCGCCUUUGACGUAUGAUAAUUAGGGGACUAUCUGAGUUGACGGAAAUCGCACUUCAUCCUGAAGAAACUUCGAUGAGUUCUUCCUAUCGCUAGCUGUCAGACUCGGAGAACGUCUUCGUCCGGAGUUGUCUGUCUUGAACUGAAGGGAUCAAGGAAGGUGAACCUUGCCUGCCUCUGGUGGAUAAAACAGCCGCAUCGUACCUGGAAAAUCAUGGAUUCCAUUACGAAGAGUAACAUUUCCAACCCAUCCAGUAGUCCUCUGAAAUGUGAGCCCAAGAAAGCUGAUCAGUUGCCCAAAUUAGAAAUCGGUGAUCCCAAAGAGUGUGAUCCAGUUCCCAGGAAUAACGCAGGGUCUACGAGUGGUCAGCUGGCUGACAUCAAGAGCAAAAUCCAUGGGUACAGUCAGGUUCCGAGCCCCAGGAUUCCUGGCAAUAGUGAUGGUCGUCCAGUGCCUUUGUCAAGUAAAGCGCCACCGGCUCUGAAUAUGAGGAUGAUGAAUCACGAGCACAAGACGGGGUUCCAAAGCCCUGUAAUAGUCAGCGCCCGCACCCGAAGCAACAGCCUAGAGAGCUCUAGCACGAACCUCAAGCCCCACACAGGAGGAGAUAUACGGUGGGAUGCCAUCAAUACUGUGUCCAAGACUUCCACGAUUGGCCUGAGCCAUUUCCGGCUCCUCAAGCGGAUCGGUUAUGGAGACAUUGGGAGCGUCUACCUGGUUGAGCUCCGAGGGAGCAACGCUUACUUUGCGAUGAAAGUCAUGGACAAGGCAUCGCUCAUGAGCAGGAACAAGCUGCAAAGGGCGCAGACCGAGCGGGAGAUUCUUGGGCUCCUCGACCACCCAUUCUUGCCAACCCUGUACUCUUAUUUCGAGACUGACAAGUUCUAUUGCUUGGUCAUGGAGUUCUGCAGCGGAGGCAACCUUCAUUCGCUACGACAGAAGCAACCUAGCAAGCAUUUUACUGAGGAAGCUGCACGGUUUUAUGCGUCAGAGGUGCUGUUGGCACUGGAGUAUCUGCACAUGCUGGGCAUAGUGUACCGGGACUUGAAGCCCGAGAACGUGCUGGUGAGAGACGAGGGGCAUAUCAUGCUUUCGGAUUUUGACCUGUCUCUCCGGUGCUCUGUUAACCCAACCCUGGUGAAGUCCUCGUCCGUGCACGUAAGCAAUGCCGGGACCGGGGGAAGUGGGGCAGGUGGGGGCAUCUUGGACGAAGAGUAUGCAGUGCAGGGUUGUAUGCAGCCGUCACACUUCUUGCCCCGGAUCCUGCCAGGGAAGAAGAACCGGAAGUCGAAAUCCGACUUUGGACUGCUGGUGGGAGGGGGAUCCUUACCAGAGCUGAUGGCGGAGCCAACAAACGUGAGGUCAAUGUCAUUCGUGGGAACACACGAAUACCUGGCGCCGGAAAUUAUAAGGGGGGAGGGGCACGGGAGCGCCGUGGACUGGUGGACGUUCGGGAUAUUCCUAUACGAGCUGCUGCAUGGGACCACGCCAUUCAAGGGGAACGGGAACAGGGCGACGCUGUACAACGUGGUCGGGCAGCCCCUGAGGUUCCCAGACAGCCCCCAGGUGAGCUCGGUGGCCAGGGACCUGAUCCGGGGGCUCCUAGUGAAGGAGCCCAACAAGCGCAUCGCGUACAAGCGGGGUGCCACAGAGAUCAAACAGCACCCAUUCUUCGAGGGUGUGAACUGGGCCCUCGUCAGGAGCGCCGUCCCUCCUCACGUGCCCGAGCCCAUCGAUUUUUCCCAAUUUGCAUCCAAGGACACGGCACGCGGCUCGGGCGGGGCAGACAAGAAGGUGCCCGAUCAUCAUCAAGUCGACAAGGACAAUGAUCCAUCCUACGUAGAUUUCGAGUACUUCUAAAUUAAUAGUAGUGCACAGGAUGAAUUUCUUGCUCUUUUUUUUUUUUGUUUUAAUAACUUCUGAAAGUUUGAUACAUAUAUAGAAACACACGAUUUGUAGAUAUUCCUUUUCCUGACUGUAAGAUUUUUCCGGUUUUGAAUUUAAAUACA